CCACACUCCAAAGAUUUCUUUGAAAAGAAAGAGAAACCCUUUUCUUUCUCUAACUUUCGGUUCAUGACUUGGUUAUAUAUUAGAGGGGUAGAAGAGGGUCCUUGUUUGUGAAUUCUAAGAGAGACUUCAAGAGCUAGCUUCCAAGAAAAGAAAUGACUGCAAAUGCCAUUAUCAGGCCUAUUGUUAGUAAACUCUACUGUUCAGCUUCACAAGUAGUCCUCACUGUAAGGAGAAGGCCUCAUGUUGUGAAUGGAGGAGGUUUUGUAGUCACAGAUUGCAGCCAGAAGAUUAUUUUCAGGGUAGAUGACUGUGGAACUCUAGGCACCAAAGGAGAACUGAUCCUGAGGGAUGGUGAAGGAGAACCAGUGCUUCUCAUUCGCCGGAAGGAAGGUAUGUUUCAAGCACUAGGCAUUAAUAGGCAAUGGAAGGGUUACAUGGUGGACUAUGAAGGGCCAGAGAAGUUGGUUUUCAUCUUAAAAGAGCCACACUCAUACCUUGCCAAGAACAACUCCAUCAGAGUCAAUGUCGGGUCUAAGCGGUUCAACAUGAAAAAGGAUUGGGAUUUUGAGGUUAGGGGUUCUUUCCCUGAUAAAGCUUGUGCCAUUAUUGAUUCAGCAGGAAACACAGUUGCCCAGGUUGGAGUGAGGAAGGAGACACAGUUGAUGAUGGUAAGCAAGGAUCUCUAUCAGGUGGUGGUGCAACAGGGGUUUGAUCAAGCUUUUGUUUUUGGGGUCAUUGCUGUUCUUGACAAUAUCUAUGAAGAAUCAAGUCACUAUUGAUCAUGUUUUGAGACAAAGAAGAAGAAGUAGUCUACCACUAUUAAUUUAAACAAUUCUUUUAACUCAUAAACAAGAUCACACUGUAGAUACUAUCUCUUGAGUGAACCAUUCAUGGAAGUGGAAGCUGUAAAAGAUAUUAAGAUUUUGCUGUUGUUCUACAUGUAAAGUUUUAUGCUCAUGUUUCUCAG